UGCAUGCGUACUUAGAAGUUAGAGAGGGACACCUGAACCUUGUGUGACAUUCAGUUUCCAAAGAAGAUUCAAUGGUCUACUGCAAAACAGCAGAUGGUGCUGAGUGCAGUGAGGCGACACCUCCCGAGGAGCAGCAGCUGUGGAGCCUGGGCCUGGCUGCUGCAGAGGCAGAGCAGGGGCUGUGUGUACUCCAGCAUCCAUGGCUUCAGCCAGGAGGAGAUCAGAGACAAGCUGCAGGCCUUUCCUGGAGGCUCCAUCGAUCUGCACAAACAGGAGUCUGGCGUCGCUGUGCUGACCAUCAACAACCCCUCCCGCAUGAACGCCUUCUCCGGCAGCAUGAUGGUGGAUCUGGAGGAGAGGGUGAGCCAGCUGGAGAGCUGGACAGACGGUAAAGGCCUCAUUGUUCAGGGUGCUGCUGGAACUUUCUGCUCUGGCUCAGACCUCAACGCUGUCAGGGCGAUAUCUAACCCACAGGAUGGGAUGAAGAUGUGUAUGUUCAUGCAGAAUGCACUCACAAGACUUCUCAGGCUGCCUCUGAUCUCUGUUGCUCUGGUGGAGGGGAGAGCGCUGGGAGGUGGUGCAGAACUCACCACUGCCUGCGAUUUCAGGUUAAUGGCCUCUGGCAGUGUGAUCCAGUUUGUCCACAAACACAUGGGCCUGGUCCCAGGCUGGGGCGGCGCCGCACGACUCGUCCGCACUGUCGGAAGCCAGAAUGCCCUGAAGCUGCUUGGUGGUGCUCUGAAAGUGGACCCUGAACUUGGUCUGCAGAUUGGACUGGCAGACGGGGUCCUGGAGGUCCCCCAGGCAGAGGAGGGUGCAGGGACUCUGCUGCAGCAGGCUGAAAACUGGCUCAGUUGCUAUACAAAAGGACCCGCCCCAGUGAUCCAGGCCGUGAAGAAGGUCGUGCUGUCGGGCAGAGAGCUCCCCCUGUCCGAGGCCCUCAGGACUGAGAAGGAUGUUUUUGGGAUGGUGUGGGGCGGUCCAGCUAACCUGCAGGCUCUGGCCAGCAAGUCCAAACACAAAUGAGUGUCUUUGUUCACUUUCCUAAGGACUUUUGAAAUCAGCCAAGAUGUUCAACUGGGUUGAUUUGGAAAGACCUGUCCUGACAUCAAUAAACGGAUUUAGUUCUUUCGUGUGCUGAAGAUAUUUGUAAGUAUUUUUCAUGUAACGGCUAAACGUCAUGUCUGAAAUGUGGGCUCUUCGUUUGUUUGGACUACAAACUUUAUAAUUUCAAUAAAUCAACUGCCUCGUUUCCUCCAGCACACUGAUAAUGAGAGAUUGCUCAUUGUCACACACUUUAAUGGCUGUGCCCUCUAUGUAACAUUAUGCCCACUUAUCACAAGAGUAGGAGCUGAGAUACAAACAUAUACACAGUGAAGCUGAUAACGUGCUUUCUUUGGUCAUAUGCUGCUAACAUAAAUGAACCACCAUAAAUAAAAACUCCCCUGCUCCUUCAGGGUUUUAUCUCAGUAACUGCAGCCUCU